AUGAUUUCAUUAAAUUCAACAGAAAUUGUGAGUGAUUUAAAGGCAAUUGUAAGCACUCCUCAGUACUAUAAGCAUAUCGGCACAACUCAUGGGCUUAUUAAGCAGCUUUUUCCUGUCAGGUCACAUCAAUCUUUUUCAGAUUCAAAAUUUGCAAAAAUGCCUAUAGAAGAAGAUAUCGAAACAAAGCUAAAAAAAAUUGAAGACUAUAGAAUAUCCUUGCAAAAUAAACGCCCUUUAUCUCAAACUUCUAGUUUUCUAGCAAUAUCUAGAGAGAAAAGAGAAAGGAUUCAAAAAAUGAACUGCAGCAUUGCUCCACCUCCAACUCAAUAUAACCCACAGUACGAUUCUAUAAAGCCUCGGCUAAUUAAUACCUCGCAAUAUAAGAAAAGGGCUUAUUGUGGAAAAAAGAGAAAAAUUUCACUACCAGACUGCAUAGACGAAUAUGAUUUGGAAUGCAAAUACCCGAUGAGGAUAUCUUUAUCAGGAAUAUCGAAACAAAUGACAGUGGAUGAGUAUAGCACUUUAUUAAACGAAAGCGUAAUAAAACAAAUAAAGCCGCUCCCUGAUCUACCUCAAGGCCAUGUUUCUUGUGUAAGCUUUAGUAAACAAGCAAAACGAAAAGGGCUCCCUUUAAAUCAUUUAAAUGAGUCAAGGCUUCAGCUGAACCCUAAAAUAGUCAAUCAUGGUAAAAAACAAAAAGCUCCAAGCUUUGAUAAAUAUACGAGGAGGAAUGAGCUGUUUGUAAAAAUCGAAAAAAGUCCUCUAUGCCUGAAUGAGAAAUUCCUAACGAGACAAUUAAGCCUAAAGUGUAUGUUUAGACUUUCGAAUAAACUAAAAAAAGAUGAUGAUUAG